UGUGAGAGAGGAUGGUACGGCUCACUGUGCCAGUACAAGUGCCAUUGUUCUAAUAAUAGCUGUACCAAGUGUGACAUGGGAUGGUUUGGACCUGCUUGCCAGUAUGGUAAAUUAUACGUAUGUCACUAUGAGAGGUUGUAGGCAUGUCAGCAUGUUAUGUUGUGAGAUGUGAAAGUGAGUCAUGCAUGGUUGUUGUAUUGAUUGUAUUGUAUCAGUACGGUACGUUACGCUUGGGGCAGUAUGCGUUUAAAUAGGUUGCAUACGUGUUUAAAACAGGUUGCGUAAGUGUGUAAAAAUUGACUGCAUAUGUGUAUAGAAUAGGUUGCAUAUGUGUAUAAUUAUGUAGCAUAUGUGUUUAGAAUAAGUUGAAAAUGUGUUUACAUAUGUUGCAUAUGUGUAUAAAAUAGGUUGCAUAUCUGUAUAGAAUAGAAUGCAUAUGUGUAUAAAAUAGGUUGCAUAUGUGUAUAGAAUUGGUUGCAUAUGUUUAUAAAAUAUGGUUCCAUAUCAUUAUUAUAUGCUUGAUUUACGGUUAUGCGACUCAUAAUGCAACUCCAGAAGAGGCCCCCAGUAGCACCACUUUUAACUGACCAGCCGGAUUGUUGUCUCCAACAGAAGACCUGGUCCAAUACGGCCGUGUAACUACUGAAGGCGAGGGUCCGGAUGACCUCAUCACUGACGCCGACGACGCCACCUGCGUCACGAAUAUCACGUCACUAGAAGUGGUCUGGAAUGUGUCGUAUCCAUUCACCUGGCUGAGACUAACCACCCGACAUGAAGGUGAAUGA